CAUACAGGUUAGUGUGAUCUAUUUAUAGCGUGGGACUUCUGUGACGACGGGAAAUAUUUACUGUACCAAGCCAUAUUAUUCUCGACUGAUUCAGAUGAUAUUGAAGUUUACUGUCUUACCAACAGUCAGCAUCUGCAACUUUGCUCAAAGGUAAUGCGUGGUCGUCUACACCGACAUAUAUUGUUUUCGGGCGUUGUCUAGCUAUAGAUAAACAUUUAGGUAUGUGUGACAAUGUUUACCUAUCAAUCACAAUGCAUAUGUGUCCAUUUCGGGUGUUUCGCAAUCCUCAUUAAUAUUGCCACGAUCACUACAACAAUGGCGCAGUUACUUAUUCGAGCUUAGUAGUGAAAUCGGAAUAUCAGUCUUUUACAUUUGGCUGUGUCAAAGACCCCAGGCUAAACACAGGGACCUGGGAAUUAUCUGUGUCAGAGACGUAUAAAUAGUGUUGGAACUCGAGGGUGUACUGAGGGUGUUUGGAUUUCUGUGUCUAUUUGGUGAGCUGUGACCUUGACCCCCGACAAUUCUGUUUCCCUGUGACCCAUCAAAAUUGCUUUAAAUUCAGAGACUCAGUGUCCCUAUCCAAAGACACCUGACCUAGCUGUUGACGGUACUUUCCCCAGAUCCUGUGACUGAUCAAUUUACCCUAUGCCUGUUACCAUGUGACUUUACUCUGAUACCAAAAAAGAAAAAAAAACCACAUCACUUGACUUGAUCUUUGACCUUUGACCUUUCCAAGAGUCUGAUCCCUUGACCUUUGACCUUUCCAAGAGUCUGAUCCCUUGACCUGUGACCCACAAGCAGCGAAGAUGGGCGAGGUUCCAGUGUAUGGGAAGGCGAUCAUCGUAGUUUCAGCCAUAGCCAUUUUGCUUAUAUGUAUCCUGGUGCCUAUGAGCUUCAGCUAUCUGGAGUACUAUGAGUACGGAUUCAUUCGUCAGAAGUCUACAGGCACAGUGGUGCUAGAUAAGGUGUACACAGCGGGGCGAUUAUUCACAGGACCAGACUUCGAGUUCAAAGUCUUUCCAGCCGACGCCCAACAGGUGGAACUAAGUGACAUUACUGUAUUUACGGCCGACAAGUUGGAGGUGGGGGUGACUGUUUACUUUCAAUAUUUCCUGCGAGUUGAAGACCUUCAACUGUUACAUGCUGCCUAUGACAUUUACUACGAAGACCUCAUGAAGUCGAGUGCCACUGACGCUGUGAAGGGUGCCACUACAACUUUUAAUACAAAGCAAAUGAUCACAGACCGGCGUGUGUUGGAGGAAACCCUUUACACGGCUGUCAGAGAGAGGCUGGGCGGAACCUGUUGCAGGAAGGACUGCACAGCUUUUGUUAAUGCUUGUUCUGUUGGCUGUAAACCUUACAGUACCUGUGAGACAGUUGAUAAGGGGCUGUUUGCAGAUGUCAAGUAUUUCCAACUUGGAAAUGUGGCUAUCUCUAAUACCGUGAAAGAACGAUACAUGCAGUCCCUGAUUCUUAUGGAAGAAGCUGAAGCGGAGCUGCUUAAACAGGAAGCUCAAGUCGUCAGGAAAAACACCACAGCCAUUGUACAGAGAACAGAGAAUGAGGCUGAGGAGAUAUUGCAGCAGGGGACGGUAGAGGCAGCGUACAUACACUCUGUAGCUAACGCCAAUUAUACUGCUAUCAUUGAGUCGGCCCGCAGUGAAGGACUUAAGGCAGUGUUUAACAGACUAGGUGUCUCCAGUCAGCAGUAUAAAAGUAGCUUUGACUACUUACGUACUCUGCGAGGACUUACGCACGUCCAUCUGACCGUUGACUUCCAGCAACUUAUUGCUGGCAACUUCGGUUCUAACUAGGAGGCCAAACAAAACAUUGGUGUGAAGUAUAGGAGAUAACUCGUGAUGUAAGGGAGGCAACCCUGAUCCAAACUAAAGGAUGCUAUUUAAGUUCAGAAAAGUUGAGAUAAUUGUCAUUUUAACAAAGAGAGAUAACUUAAGCUUUAACAUGGGAGUAUUGUGAAGCAUUUUAGCUUACAGAGGAAAUUCUUUUCAAUAUACAGUGAAAUUUGACUUGAUCUGUAGCUAAACUGCACUGGGUCGAUUUUCAGCGACCAGGUAGCUAAUUUGGAAGAGUGUCUAUUCAAAGUUCCGAGUUUGUUACCUGGUCUGGCCCUGCAUUUUUUCACCCCUGUUUGAUUUGGCACCAAACAAAAUAUACUCAUCAUGGAUGGUGGUAUAGAGCCUUGUGUCUCGGACUGAAGAGUUUUGUUAAAGGAGGGAGGAAUGUAGCGGAACUGGACUGGGUGGAUCGCCGGGGACCAGGUAGCUCAAUUGGUUAGAGCGUCUGUCUAGAGUUUGGAGGGUCCCAGGUUCACACCCCAGUCUGGCUGUGCCUUUUCUCUAUCUUCUGUUACAUAUAUAUUUAUACAAUUGUGUUGGUAAAGAAAAUUGUGAACAGUAAAGUCAAUUUUAAAGGGUCGUAAAGUCAUAUGAGAUUUGUCUCAAUAUCAGUAUAAAUUGGGUUUCUCAGGUAAAAACCAGAAUGUGAUAUUAAUGAAUUGUACACAUAGUUUGAGUAGAGUAAGGAAAGCCCUUACCUCACUCAUUCCUCUGUAUGGUCAUGAAAGUUAAGUGUAGAUAUGUAAGUAAUAUUAUAUAUAUUUGUUAAAUGUCAAUAAUUGUAACGUGAUUGCGGUCACCCAUCCAACUACUGACCCUGCUCGACGUUGCUGAACUAGUGAGCUGGUCCCCGGGUUAUACCGCAUCACUGGAAAAGCUAGCUUAUCAGUAUGGCAGUCUUCCCCCUCAAAUUCCUUAGCUGUUACACUACUCCUCCCUCCGAGACUUGGCUUAGCUGUUACACUACCUCUCCCCCCCCCCUCCGAGACUUGGUUUAGCUGUUACACUACUCCCCCCUCCGAGACUUGGCUUAGCUGUUACACUACUCCCACCUCCGAGACUUGGCUUAGCUGUUACACUACCUCCCCCCCCCCCCUCCGAGACUUGGUUUAGCUGUUACACUACUCCCCCCUCCGAGGCUUGGCUUAGCUGUUACACUACUCCCCCCUCCGCGACUUGGCUUAGCUGUUACACUACCUCCCCCCCCCCCUCCGAGACUUGGUUUAGCUGUUACACUACUCCCCCCUCCGAGACUUGGCUUAGCUGUUACACUAGUCUCCCCUCCGAGACUUGGCUUAGCUGAUACACUAUCUAAAAAAUGUAGGGGUGCAUGAAUUGAGAGUAUGAUUCACAAAAUGGAAAGCACUGCUCUGAUUAUCUCCCAUCUUUCUUUCUUGUAGAAUACAGCUUAUUUACAAUGUGCACUAAAACAAUCCUCUUUGUCCCUAGAAAACAUGUUUUCAAAUGGUAUUAGUUUUAAAGCCUUCUACAGCACCCUUUGUAUAAUAAUAAAAGUCAUUUUGCUUAUCUACCUGAAAUAUAUUGCGUGUACUGAUACACAGUUCCUUGAAUUAUUGACAGAGUUAUUGCCCUUUUUGCAAACAACAAGCCCCCAUUACUUUUCACUCAUCCAGCUGAUGAUGAAAAUCGUUGAAUUAUAGAUGUCCAACAAAUAUAUUGGUCCUAUAACUUAUUAUAGGAAAAAUACACCUGUGUGAACUCGUACAAAACCAGGUCACUCGGAGAUCGUUACUGGGAAAGUCUACAGUUCCUCUCUAUACACUUUAAGGCUCCAUCAGGAAGGGGGACACAUCUACCUGUAGUGGGGUAGUGCUUUACUGUUUGAUAACCCCAUAACAAAGUUAUGGAAUUUGACGUGUAACUGUAAUCAUUUUUUUUUCUUUUCUAUUAUUUCUUUGUUUUUGUUACUGUUUUGAAGUUUAAGGGGGAUUAUCCCCGGAUUAAAUGAUAUUAUUAAUUGUCAGAUUCAUUCUCGCACUUAAACGUAAAAGGUUUUGCACAUACGAGAAAUGUUUUUCUUACAUAUUACCCAAUUUAGAAUAUUGAACUUCAGUGUGAAAAAAAUGUGAAAAUUGCGGAGAUAAUUUUUUGUGUUGAGUUAUUGUUAUCAUUGCAUUCAAUGUUUUAUUGUGAGAAUGUGAAUUCUAUGUACAUCAUUAUUUAAGUAACUGCAGCCAUCCUUUUGAAAUCUCAUCAAUUAACUCAUUCACCCCUGAAGACACAUUUGAACUCAUCCAAUUCAAAGGUUGGAAUAGUUCAUAAUGAAGUUUCAGGGGUGAAUGAGUUAACAAUUGUAAAUAUCCUUGUGAAGGUAUAAGAUUUCUCACCUGUUAUUAAGAGUUGUUGUGAAAAUUUUGCAUAGAGAAUCUCAAACAAGGUCUUGGGACCCUAUACAAGAAGCUUUAGCAAGUUUAUUGAAAGUUUAAUGGAAUGGCAGCAAAAUUACGAUAUAAUUUAGCUUUGGGUUUAUAAAAUGAUAUAUAUAUUUUUGAUGUGUGUAACAAAAUAAGGUCUUGUCUAUAUACCUAAAUAAAGUCUUCUAUUUUUUUAAUUCUUUUUUCAAUGAAUUUAUGACAUCGUUUCCCUAUAAAGCAACCACCACUGGAGUUAAUAUUACACUGACAAAUCACUAGGAUAUAAACUUGUUAUCAUUUAUUCUGAUAUAUUAUUAUAGGUUCUGAUGAUGGUUGGCCUAGCCAUCUGAAACAUGUAAACCAAACGAAACCUACCUUUACGGAAUCCUUGGGAUUGACGCUCCAUCACUUACCUAUUUGUAUUAUAUAUUCUGUACAACUGGGGCCAGUGGUAUAAUUCUGGAGAACUAAUAUUUUGCGAUUGUCCCAAUCAGAACUUGUUCGCAGGGAUAUAGUUUCGCGCAACAUGACCAGGUACAAAUGAUUAGCUCGUUAAACAAGGGUAUUUUUGUAUUUGGUUGUUAGUGUUUAAUAACAAGCAUUAUGUGAAAAAAAAGUGAAAUACAAUAUCAUAUUGUUGAUUUAUUAUUUGGUAAACUGACUUUUUCAUUGUGUCUUAAAUAUAUCAAUAUUCAUGGAGAUUGUUAUAUUAUUUCUUGCUAUUUUUGGUGACCGCUUAUAUAGCGAAAUCAAAUCCCCGCGAUUUUUAACAACUUUACAGAAACAAUAUACAUGUAUUAAAUUACUAGACCAUAGACACGAUCAAAGUGUCUUAUAAACAUAAGUACUUGUGUUUAGAAAUUUUGUUUACAGGGGAUUAUAUGAUAAUAGAAUCAACAGACAAGGCAGUUGUUGUAAUAAACUUGUAUGUUAUUUAUUAUUCAUUUCAACUCACUUCUCCAGAGUUAUGCCCCUUUUUCUACAAAAUUCUGUACUGAGUUGAUCUUGCUUACUACUAGUUCUAAGCUAUGAUAAUAGAUAUUUCAAUAUUCCACUUACUGUAAUAUUUUUCCAUGUACAUGUACUACAUUUUCUCUGUAUUAACAUAACCCUUGUUAUUGUGAUGUCAAAAAUUAAAAGUUUUCUUUUAUAG